AUGCUACCCAUCACAGGCUACAAGACCCUGUUCCAGGGUAUCUCGACCCUGUCGCUCCUAACCCUGGCCGCAACGCAGGCCUCGGCCCCAGCCUACGACUACGUGGUCGUGGGCAGCGGACCCGGCGGCGGCGUGCUGGCCACGAACCUGGCCAAGGCGGGCUACUCUGUGUUCCUGCUGGAGGCGGGCGACGCCAGCGCGAGCGGCGCAUUCGGGGCCUACUCGCCGGCCGUGACGUGGGACUUUUUCGUCCGCCACUACCCGGAGGGCGACGCGCGCAACGAGCAGUACAGCCACCUGACCUGGAGGACGCCCGAGGGCAAGUACUGGGUCGGCCGGACCGGGGCGCCGGCGGGCUCCCAGCUGCUGGGCGUGUACUACCCGCGCGGCGCGACGCUGGGCGGCAGCAGCAUGACCAACGCCAUGUGCGCGUGGCUGCCGAGCGAUGGCGACUGGGACUAUCACGCCAACGUCACGGGAGACGACUCUUGGAGGGCCGACAACAUGCGCAAGGUAUUUGAAAGGAUCGAAAAGAACAACUACCUGACGCGCGACACGCCGGGCCACGGCUUCGACGGCUUCUUCCAGACGCACAUGGCAGCCAAGCAGCAGGCGCGCCUCGGACCGCUGGUGGGCAACCGAGUCAUGGACGUGUACGCGCGGAACCUCAACCUGACGCGGAACAUGACGGACCUGCUGACCCGCGACCCCAACGAGCUCGCCGCGGACCGGGACCAGACCCAGAGCAUCUACGGGCUCGUCAACCACCAGUACCCCAACGGGUCCCGGUACAGCUCGCGCGACUACAUCCAGGAGGAGGCGCGCAGGCCCGGCUCGAACCUGACCGUGUCCCUCAAGUCGCUUGCUACCAGGGUGCUGUUCGACACGGCGGGGAGCAGCUGCGGCGGCGGCGGGGGCGAGGGCGACAACAACAACAACAACAACAACAACAACAAAAAGCCGCGCGCCGUGGGCGUCGAGUAUCUCGAGGGCGCGUCGCUGUACGGCGCCGACUUUCGGCACGCGGCGGGCGGCGGCGGCAACAGCACCGGAACCAAAAAGACCGUCAUGGCCAGGCGCGAGGUGAUCGUGUCCGGGGGCGCCUUCAACUCGCCGCAGGUGCUCAUGCUCAGCGGCGUCGGGCCGCGGGAGCACCUCGAGUCGUUCAACAUCAGCGUCGUGGCCGACGUGCCGGGCGUGGGGCAGAACCUCAUGGACAACCAGGAGAUGCCGAUCGUGGGCUCGGGCAGCGCGGGCAACGGGACGGCGGGCGUGGCCAUGGUCAAGACCAAGCACGCGGCCCACGGAGAGCGGGACAUGUUCCUCAUGGGCGGGGCCGGCUUCCUCUUCCGCGGCUUUUGGCCGUCCGAGAACAGGGUCGGCGACCUGCCGCCCGAGCCCGCCAACGUCUACGGCGUCAGCAUGGUCAAGGGGAGCUCCGUGAACAACAAGGGCUGGGUGAGGCUGCGCAGCGCGGACCCGCGGGAGCCGCCCGAGAUCAACCUCAACCACUUCGCCGAGGGCUCGGAGCCGGACAUGGAGGCCAUGAAGGACACCAUCGCCUGGGUCCGGACGGUAUACAAACGCAUCGGCAUCACCACCAUCGAGCCGCCGUGUCCCGCCGGCGCCGACGAGCAGGGAUACUGCGGCGAGAGCGACGAGGCGUGGAUCCACAAGCAGACCUUUGGGCACCACCCGACCAGCACCAACCGGAUCGGCGCCCAGGAUGACGCCUUGGCGGUGCUCGAUUCCAAGUUUCGCGUGCGGGGAGUUGCCGGCUUGAGGGUGGUCGACGCCAGUGCCUUUGCUCGGAUUCCCGGCGUGUUCCCUGUGCUGUCUACAUUCAUGAUCAGUGAGAAGGCGUCGGGUGAGAUGAUUGAGGAGCUCAAAGCCGGAGAGGCUAUCGAGGAGUGCGUCGUGUGA